ACCCUCCCCUCCCCUCACUGUGGCGUUGGAUGCAGCCCAUUUAUUGUGAAUCCUCCCCGUCCUCAUCUCCUCCUCCGGCUUCAGUUCAUUACCCACGCUCUCACCCUCAUGACCUCUAUAAAUUCGUAUCCCGGUGCAGCAGAACCCGGCAACUUGUGUUGUACAGUGUAUAAACUCUCGCACCUUACUUAGCUAGUGACUACACACAGGAGAAACGACAGCAGUGGUGGUAGAGUUGCUUACAGUGAAGGAAAUGGAGGUGCAGCCGGAGCUGUCGCUGGGGCCGACGACGCUGGUGUCGGCGGGCUUCGCCACCGCGAAGAGCCCCAGGAGCUCGUCGUCGGACUCGGACGGCGGCAACGGCGGCGGGAAGAAGAGGAAGCACUUCGCCUGGGAGGAGGCCGUGUCCCUUGCAAGCGGCCUGGAGCUCCAGCUCGGUGACUGGGAGCAGUGCCUCGACCUACAUUCUGGGAGGAUGUACUACCUGAACAGAAAGACCAUGAACAAGAGGUGGGUGAGGCCCAAGUCCAUGGAGGAGCAGGGCACCCUGAACCUGGAGCUCAACAUAUCCACAACCCCAUCCAGCUUCGAAAGCAAGGGGAGUCCCAUCACCGUCGCCAACGACACCAACAUCAUAAGCUCCGGCGGCCACAUGGUGGCCGUGCCGUGCGUCAACUGCCACCUACUCGUCAUGCUCUACAAGUCCUCCCCGGCGUGCCCCAACUGCAAGUUCGUACAGCCUUCGGUGCCGAUGAUGCCGCGGACGCCUCCCCGCCGGCUCGACGCUGUUAAGCCGCUGGAGACCCUGAGCCUCCUGCACUAGCUUGCACCUUGCAGGCAGGUGACUGUAGAAAGGGGAGACAGCAAGUGAAACGAAAAAAAUGAGUUACUCAAACUCAAUACUAGUGGUGAUAGAUGACCAAGAUGGGGCUGUGUGGAUAUAACUGUAUGAGUGCUGCAUGCUUCAAUGCAAGUGAGGCAAUCAAGUAGUAUAUUAAGCAAAAUUAAUUUAAGCUUUGCUUCUUCUUCUUUGUUUUA